AAAGAAUAAAAAAAAAUGAAAGGUUGGUAAGUAUGGAGGUAUGAUAAGCAAUUGAAGAAUAUUUAAUUUCUCUACUAGCUAGGAGUUUGGCACUUUACAAUUUUCCUCCGGUUAGAAUCUUGAACCAAGAUCAGGUUGCUCUGAAAAUGGAGAAGGAAAGCCGAGUUCAAAUCCCAAGAGUGAAACUUGGAAGUCAAGGAUUGGAGGUUUCUAGAUUGGGCUUUGGUUGUGGAGGAUUGUCUGGAAUAUAUAAUGCUCCUCUCUCUCAUGAAGAAGGGUGUUCUGUUAUAAAGGAGGCUUUUUCCAAGGGCAUCACCUUCUUUGACACAUCUGAUCUUUAUGGCGAUGAUCACCAUAACGAGAUUAUGGUUGGAAAGGCUUUGAAGCAGCUUCCACGGGAUAAAGUGCAAUUAGCAACAAAAUUUGGAAUUAUUAGGCUUGAGGGAUUUAGCUUUGGCGUCAAGGGGACCCCUGAAUAUGUGCGAAAAUGCUGUGAAGCUAGCCUUAAGCGGCUUGGUGUGGACUAUAUUGAUCUUUACUACCAGCAUCGUGUAGAUACUUCAGUGCCAAUAGAGGAUACUAUGGGGGAACUCAAGAAGCUGGUAGAGGAGGGAAAGAUAAAGUACAUUGGGCUAUCUGAACCUAGUGUUGACACCAUAAGGAGAGCUCAUGCUGUUCAUCCUAUUACAGCUUUAGAGAUGGAGUAUUCCCUCUGGACUCGUGAAAUUGAAGAGGAUAUAAUUCCACUUUGCAGAGAGCUUGGAAUUGGGAUAGUGGCAUAUAGUCCUCUUGGUCGAGGUUUCUUUGGUGGGAAGGCUACUGUUGAGAGCUUACCUACUGAAAGUAUUUUGGCUAUGCAUCCAAGAUUCACAGGGGAUAAUUUAGAGAAUAACAAACUUGUAUAUGCCCGUUUUGAAGACUUGGCUCGAAAGCGUGGACGCACCCCUCCUCAGUUAGCUCUGGCAUGGCUACUUCAUCAAGGAGAAGACAUAAUUCCAAUCCCUGGGACAACAAAGAUUAAAAACCUUGAAAACAACAUAGGAUCCUUGGCAUUGAAGCUCACACAAGAAGAUCUGAAAGAAAUCGGUGAUGCAGUGCCCGUUGAAGAAGUGAGUGGCCUAAGAGAUUAUGAUGUUUUUGCUGAUUAUUGUUAUAAGCUUGCAAAUACCCCAAAAAAGUGAUUGCCAAAGUCAGAGCCCCUGGAAGUGAAACUUUCUUUGGGUUUCUUCUAUGCUGAGCGUCGAUGCUAGCAAACGAUGAAGGUGACAUGAAAUGCCUCAUUGUGAUUUGAAAUUACUCUAUAGUCUGAACCAUUUCUACUUUGAACUCUGAUACACAUUGCUGUCUAUGGGAUUCUAAAUCAAAUGUCUGUCGAUUAUUUUUUUAUACA